AUGCGCAGCAGCAGGGUCAACUCCCUGCUCGUGCUGGGCCGGUGUCUCCAGCCGGCCCCAGCUCGGGGGGUGCAGACAGCGCAGCCCCAUGUGAUGGGCGGGCGCCUCGUGCAGCUGGGCGGGGGCCCUGGGCGGCGGGGGGCUGCUCCCUGCACCUGCUGGCGGGCCCGGCCCGCGCGUGGGUCUCAGCGGCGCCGCGCGGGGAGGAGUCGCCCCCAGCUCGGCAGCGCGGCCAAUGGGCUGGCGGGCCGGGCUGUGGGCGGCGCGGCGCGGAGCUUGGGCCGGGCGGAGCUGAGAGACCCGCACACAGCAGCGCGUCUCGCCGGCUGCGCGACCCGCGGCAUGGCAGCCAAGUGCCCCCGGUGCGCCAAGGCCGUCUACUUCGCCGAGAAAGUGACCUCUUUAGGCAAGGACUGGCACAAGUUCUGUUUGAAGUGCGAGCGCUGCAACAAGACCCUGACCCCCGGGGGCCAUGCUGAGCAUGACGGGAAGCCCUUCUGCCACAAGCCAUGCUAUGCAACAUUGUUCGGACCAAAAGGUGUGAAUAUUGGUGGAGCUGGCUCCUAUAUCUAUGAGAAGCCUCAGAUGGAAGAGCAGCCGGCUCUGAGGCCCAUUGAGCAUGUUUCGAAGGUAGAAGAGAAGAAAGUCAGUGGCCCACCGAAGGGGCCCAGCAGAGCCUCCAGUGUCACCACCUUCACCGGGGAGCCCAACAUGUGCCCGCGCUGCGGCAAAAAAGUCUACUUCGCUGAGAAGGUGACUUCACUGGGGAAGGACUGGCACCGCCCCUGCCUGCGCUGCGAGCGCUGCGGCAAGACUCUGACCCCUGGCGGCCACGCGGAGCACGACGAGCAGCCGUACUGCCACAAGCCCUGCUACGGGAUCCUCUUUGGGCCAAAGGGAGUGAACACUGGAGCUGUUGGAAGUUACAUCUACGAUAAAGACCCCGAAGCAAAGGACCAGCCCUAAGGAGCUCGCUGCCUCCCUCCUGCCCGCCCGCCCGACACAGGCCACUCUCACUGCUCCCUCUUUCCUCAGCUCCCCUCUGUAGAAGUAGCUUAGCUCCAGGACGGCUAAGCCGUGCGCUGGAGCAACCCUGAGCCUGGCUGGCCGCAGAGCUGUGCUCCCUGCUGUUUGUAUUCUGGGCGGGGCAGUCCCGCCCUCUGGAUUUUAUAAUAUAAUAUAAGCUUU